UCUGGUGUUGAUGUUUGGAUUUUUGGCAAUAUUCAACUUUCUCAAUAGACUUUCAUUUAUAUUCAAGAAACACCAAUUAGUGAAAAUGGUUUGGUACUUGAACUCAAUUUGUUUGAAUACUAAAUCGUUACAAAUUUCAGCAAGUUUUCAAUUUUUUAUACGUAGAAAAUGAAAUGAAAUUUUCAAAUAGCUCUGAAAACAAAAGAUAGGAUUUUGAAUGAGAAUCUAUCAUUUUCUUACUUUGGCUGCCCUGAUUUUCAUCAGGGAGAGUUUGUUACAAAAGUGAAUUUCCCUUUGGCCUUUAUAGUCCUUUGAGCCUUUGUUUUGAUUUGAAUCAACAGUGCUUUGACCUUUGACUCGGUUUCAUUUCAUUGUUUAUUUAUUGAUUAUAUUCCAUAAAGAUAUGACUUACGAGUAGGUUUCGAAUUACCUCAGAAUUCCGAAGAACCAACCAAAGCUAGAGUAACGACAGCGUUGAUCGGUCGAACAAAAUCCCUAAAGGUCCGGCAAGCAAAAUGGAACCGAAAGAAUUCGAAAAUGAAUUCAUAGAACUGCAAGAUGAACGUACCUCUUCACCGGAUUUUUUGAAAAAUAACUCGAACCCGAAACCUACCAUCACACCGCAAUCAGUUCAAAACACAUCGUUAUCCACCGAAAUGAAAGAAAAACGAUUUUUCAACCCGGAUGAACUUCAAAAAUGUUUCUCACCACUGCUGCAAAAAUUAUAUCAAGUAGAAGAAUCAGCACCUUUUCGAGGACCAGUUGAUCCGGUAAAGUCGAAUCUACCCUUUUACUUAGAUAUUUUCAAACGGCCGAUGGAUUUUUCUACCAUUAAAAGCAAGCUUGACAAUGGCCUAUAUUUUGAUCCGUGGGAUUUCGUCGACGAUAUGCAAUUGGUGUUUAAUCAACCUUGGAAAUCUAACAGAAGAUCAUCCGGAACUUAUAAAUGUAGCACCAAGUUAACCGAACUUUUCGAACGCGAUAUCGACCCAAUUAUGCGAAAAUUGGGGUAUUGUUGCGGUCAAAAGUACACCCUCGGUCCAAAAACGCUACUCUGCUUCGGUAAACAACUAUGUACGAUAACGAGAAACGCGAAAUAUUUCAAUUAUCGAAACAAGUGUGCUUAUUGUGUUAAAUGUUUCAAAGAAAUAUCCGAAGAUACUGUAACCGUAGCUGAUGAUCCUUCUCAGCCUCCAACGGUGGUGAAAAAGGAUCAGUUCGUACAAAUGAUAAAUAAUCGCCGUGUAAUGGAGCCUUUCGUCGAGUGCAUAGAUUGUGGCAUAAAAUUACAUCGAAUAUGCGUUUUGCAUGUAGAUAAGAUACUGGGUUCAGAAUUCGUUUGUAUCAAUUGUUUGAGAAAGAAUAAAAAGCGAAGAAAGGAGAAUAAAUUUUGUGCUAAACAAUUGCCGACUACUGUGUUAUCCAAUCGUAUCGAAGCUCAAGUCAACUGCUACCUUAAAAAGAAAAAAGUCGAAACUGGAAAAGUAACAAUUCGUGUAGUAUCAUGCUCAGAAAAAUUAACCGAAGUGAAACCUGGCAUGAAGAGUCUAUUCGUCGAUACUGGAAAAUUCCCCCAACAAUUUCCGUACAAAGCAAAAACCGUACUCGCUUUCCAAGAAAUUGACGGCGUCGAUGUGUGUGUUUUCGGUAUGCACGUUCAAGAAUACGGAUCCGAAUGUCCGCAACCGAAUCAAAGACGUGUAUGCAUCGAGUUAAUAGACACAGUGCGUUUCUUUACACCGAAAGAAUUUUGUACGAGAGUUUAUCAUGAAAUUUUAUUAGGCUACUUGGAUCAUGUGAAGCAGUUAGGGUAUACGAUGGUUCAUCUACGGGAUCGUACUCCUAACGAAGGAGAAGAUUUUAUUUUCAAUUGCAAUCCCGUUAAUCGAAAACUGCCAUUCGAUUAUUGUAAAAUGUUGGAUAUAGGUUUACUCCAUAGAAAGAGGAUAGUGAUACAUUACCAAAAUAUUUUCCAACAAGCGAUGAACGAUGGGUUACAUUCUGCCGCUGAAUUUCCGCAUUUCGAAAACGAUAUUUGGACUGACAUGUUAGAACGAAGUAUCCAAGAGUUGAACCAGCUCGAAGAAGAAAAAAGAAAGCAGGCUGAAGCUGCGGAAACCGCCUCAUCUGCAGAAAAUGACCUGCAAGAAUGUAAUAUUAACGUUGAUGAUGCUGAAAAGAAAAGUAAUAAUAAAAGUGUGCCUCAACUCGAGCAAGAUUUAUCAGCAAAAAUUUUCGCCUGGAUGAAAAAAAAUAAAGAAAAGUUCUUGGUUGUUCGAUUGCAUUCGGCUCAAUCCAUCGCCAACUUACCGCCUAUCAAAGAUCCUGAUCCAUUAAUCGCCUGCGAUCUCAUGGAUAAAAGUGAUGCUUUCUUAACGAUGUCUCGUUUAAGAGGUUACGAAUUUUCGACACUGCGUCGAGCGAAAUUCUCGUCGAUGGCGAUGCUAUUCGAAAUACAUAUCAGGAUUCAAGAUAACUUCGUUUACAAUUGUGAUAGUUGUGAAAAAACCGCCAAAACUAGAUUCCAUUGUACCGAGUGUGACGAUUUCGACCUUUGCAUUCCUUGUUACACCAAAGAAGGACAUCCUCAUAACAUGGUUAAAGUGGAUUUGGACUUUGAUAACGGUACAUCACCUUCAGAAAUACAAGCCAGUCCUGGAGAAGUGAGAGUACAAUCGAUGGAGAGAUUAAUUUGUUCUUUAACGCACGCUUGCCAAUGUCGAGACGAAAAUUGUCGAUUAUCAAAUUGCCUGCGCAUAAAAUACGCUGUCCAGCAUACGAAGGAUUGUAAGCUAAAAGUGAGCAGAAAUUGCUUAGUCUGCAAACAGCUUGUAACCUUGAGAUACUUCCACGCCAUGUCUUGUAAGGAUGCAAACUGCGAUGUGCCCGCAUGUUUGAGUAUAAGGAUGAAAAUAAGACAACGAAUAUACGAACAUUUCAAUCAACCCCAAUUGGUAGUUGCUUGUAUGUGGCCGACGUAUCGGCGGAUCUCAAAUGAUACCAAAUCGGUUAUAUUGAUCAAUGGAGAGCCGUUCAAGGCCAGUUCUAAUUCGCAGAUCUCAAACGAUACCGGUACCGGAUCAGAUACACCAUCCAAUUCAGAAACCUCGACUGUAGUAAGCAGUUCUGUACCAAAUACGUCACCACCUCGAGCCAUUUUUAAUAACCAUAGGCAAGUACCACCCUCACGACAGGUCAGCUCGAGCGAUAAACUGCUACAGCUAUUGAUACGCUAUCCGGAUGACACAGAUAAAGUCAUCGAGGAAAUGAUGGCGAAUCCUGAGCUGAAGGCGCUGCUUGAUGGGCCUAGCAAAGAGGAAGCACAUGGUUCAUCAAAUCCUACGAGACAGAUACCUUCGCAGCAACAAAUAACUGACGACGGAUCUAAAGACACUGGUUUGAUGAACCAAGACGCUUCAACAACAUCUCAUCAAACGCCACCCAAUGUAUCACUGCCAUCAUCAAACCAGGUGCCACAUCACUGUCCAGCUUUGCAACAAUUAUCGCGAACGUUAAGUUUACCAAGCUCUUCUGAGCAAAAAGACCAAAUCUUUCGCCUAAUGUAUGGGUAUCCUCAUUUGAUAGAGGUGUUCAUCAAGCAAAGAAAAAUGCAGCAACUACAUCUAUCCCACAAUCAGCAAAACCAGCAACUAAACAGUCCAUCAGAUCUUCAGGAAUCAUCGCAGAAGCAACAACAAAUGACUGACGAUGGUUCAACCAAUCUGAGUGCAGAUACUCUGCCGACAGAGAACAGUGGUCCAAAAAGGCUGCCACGUCGUAGUCAAGCUCUGCAACAACUGCUGCAAGUGUUGAGCUUGCCUAGCUCUUUGCAACAGCGAGACCAAAUUUUACAAAUUCUGAAUAGAAAUCCUCAUCUGUUGGUAGAGAUUAUCAAGGGUAGGCGGCAGAUGCAGCCACAUCAACAGCAAUAGUUGCAAGGGCAAUGGUCUGAAAAGUGACUGAAGAUGGUUGAUCUGUCUGCUGUGCAGCAACAAAGGUUUUCGAUUUUGUGAACUUCGAAUUGUUAGUUCGUGUUGAGUCAUGAGUGUUAUAGUUUUAUUUCUUCAUUAGAGAAUUUUACGUUAGAUUUUAUAUUUUAUGCAUUGAUACUGUGUAUUAUUUUAAUUAUUUCAUAACGUAGGUAGUUAUUGUUGUUGCUAGUCAUAUUUUUUGAAUUGGUUUCAGUCUUGCUUUCGUAUUUUAUUAUUAUUAUUUUUUUUAAAUCUUCGUUGAGUUGACGAGUGAUUGGAUUCCUUUCAAAGUAUCUUUCUACUGAUAAAAAUGCCUAAAAUAUAAUUUAACUGCCUGUUGUAUAAUUAAUUGUUAUCAUUUUUAAUUACUUUACGUACUGUACCUAUUAAUAUAGAUUUUCAAACUGAAA